AUGAUUUAAUCUGAAUAUCCUCUAUGUACUAAACAUUAAAACCCAAUAAGAUUUCUUGAUAUCAAAGAAAAUGUUCCUAAAAUUCAAAGAACUUUAUGUGAUGAAUGUUUCUUGGAUAAUCCUAUAUCUAUACAUUAAGCAUUUGUCUAUCUCUAUUAGCAAUAAAAUUAACCUUUCAAUUAAAAAACAGUUCUUGAAAAAUAUAGAGAAGAAUAUCUCCUAAUGAAAAACAAAAUUGUUGAAAAUUUAAAGUAAGCAUUUACACAAAUAGAAAUGGAGAUUGAAAAAGAAAUGAAUACAUAAAAGACUGUUAUUAAUGAUAGUGUAUUUCAAUAUUUUUUAGGUAAAUAAACCACUUUACUUUUGGAAGAUUAUUAAUAAUUAGGUGAGUUAUUAAGUAUUCAAUUAGAAAAAAAAGGAGAAAAUCUUAUAUAAAAACAAAAUGAAAAAAACUCUUAAAUUUAAUUUGCCAAGUAAUUACAAAAAAAUAUUAAUAUACUUAAGGAAAUUUCUUUACAUCUUCAUAAGAUCAUUCCUUAUGUGAAAUUUAACCAAGAAAUUGAAGUCUUUUUUCCUUAAGAUCUAUUUGUUAAAACUGAUGGGCAAUUCAUAAUUAAAAAAGAAUUAAAUAAUAUUGAAAAUAUAAAAUGCAUAGAUUAUCAUAGACAACUUUAAACACUAAUUUUUGGUUGUUAUAAAUAUGAUAAUGAUUAAAAUGAAUUGGCCAUUAUUAAAUUUGAUAACAAUUUUAAUGUAUUCUUGAAAGAAGAAUAUACAAGUCAUUAAAGAACAGUUAAUUGCUUAAGAUCAUCUCUACUAUCUAAUUUCUGCAUAACAGGAAGCGAAGAUAAUACUAUAAAAGUUUGGAAAAUAGUUCAAGAAGGUCUUUUUUGUGAUUAAACUUUGGAAGGUCAUCUAGAUUCUAUCAUAUGUUUAAGUUUAAACAGAAUUGAAAAUAUAUUGGCCAGUGGAAGUUAGGAUACUAAUAUUAUUAUUUGGUAUUUAAAUGUGUAAAAUAAAUGGCAGAAAGCAUAAACAAUUGUAGAUUCUCCAAGAGUAACACUGUGCAUAAAUUUCAAUAGAUUAUCUAAUUUAAUGGUUACUGGAUGUAUUGAUCAUUCAAUUUAUGUUUGGAGUGUUGUUAAUGAGAAAUGGAGAUGUUAGAAGUUAGAUAAGGCUCAUAAUAAAUCAGUUAAUGCUAUAUGUUUUAUUAAUUAAUCAAGAUUUGUGAGUGCUUCUUGGGAUUCAACAAUAAAAGUCUGGGAUAGACAGAAUACAAAUUAGAAUUAUUUCUAGGUUCUAACAAUAGGAACUCAAAAUGGUCCAAUUGUGAAUUUGAUAUUGAUUGAAGAAAGCAAUCAUUUAAUAAGUUGUGCACAUGAUACAACAGUAAUUUGGAGUAUUGAUUCUUCUGAUUAACCAAUCAAGAAAUAAAAAAUAUCAGCUGCCAAAGGGAUUUGCUAAAUCAAUUAAUAAAAAUUAUCAAUAAUCACUUAUGAAAAUUAAUUAAAGAUUUAUUCAUUGGAGUAAUGA